CACUCCAUUUAAACCUGGCGGUCGACCGGAUGACCCGUUCUGUUCCCACGGAUUGUUCAUUUCGAUGGAAACUAUCACUUCAUUAUUAAACUUGUUUUACUUUUAUUGUCAACUUUGCUCCAAAAAAUCCAUGCCUCCUUUGUUUCGUUAAAACCCUCUUUUCACCACAAAAUGCGUUCCCCUCCAUUAGCGCGGCAAGCUCUUCAACCCCGCUUGUUAUUACUUCUCACACAGUUUUCGCCCGUAAAGGAGCGGACCCUGCGUUGACUUGUCGACUUAGCUGCUAACGAUAGGAGAAGAAAUGGCUGAAUAUUCUCACGUAAAAUCAACCAAACUGGUUUUGAAAGGCCUUAAUAAAGGGAAAAAGAAGAAACACAAAGAUAAGAAGAGAAAAGCUGGUGAUGAAGGGGAAGGACCUGACAUUAUUGAUGGCUGGUGGUCUGUCAAAGUCUUUGGAGAAAUUACAGGAACAGUUGCCAUAGAGAUGCAGAACAACUCAUACAUUCAUGCUCUGGAUACUGGGCUCUUCACACUUGGUGCACCACACAAAGAUAAUGAGGGACCCGACCCACCAGAGCAGUUUACUGCCGUCAAGGUCUCAGACACACGGAUCGCUUUGAAAUCUGGAUAUGGGAAGUACUUGGGGAUCAACUCUGAGGGUUUGGUGGUGGGACGCUCUGAUGCCAUUGGUUCAAGGGAACAAUGGGAGCCAGUCUUCCAGGAUGGAAAAAUGGCUCUCUUGGCAGGAAAUAGCUGUUUCAUCUCCUAUAGUGACAAUGGGGACAUUGUGGCCAAGAGCAAGACAGCGGGGGAUGAAGAGAUGCUGAAGAUCCGGGCAAACAUGGAGCGAGAGGUCAAACAUAAAGAUGACAUUGCUGAAGAAGACAGAGGAAACGUGAAAUCCUGUGAGGUCAAUUAUGUGAAGAAAUUUCAGAGUUUUCAGGAUCGGCGCCUCAGAGUUAAUGAGGGAGACAGUUCUACCCUAAAGAAAGCCAGAAUGGAUGGAAAAUUUCAUGAAGCUUUGCUUGACAGGAGAAGCAAAAUGAAAGCAGACAGGUACUGCAAAUGAAGACUGGAUGGAUGCCAUGUCUUGUAAAUGUCUUGUAGAUGGAGCCAUUUGAUGUGGUAUUUGAUAAGUUUUUUUUUUCUAUUAUAAUUUUGAUCUUUUUAAUAAACCAGCUGUGGUUAAAUCA